AUGACUACAUCAACAGCGACAACAAGAGCAAAUUUGUUAUCUGUUCCUGAAACAUUUUCAGACGGUGAUUUUGGACUGUGGUUACGAAAGUUCGAGCUGUGUUCGACGGCAAAUGGUUGGAAAGAGGAUGAAAUGUUGAAGCGUUUACCGACGCUAUUAUCGGGCAAAGCGUUUGUAGUGUUCGAGCGGCUUGGAGACGACAAGAAGGAAGAUUUCAAAGUCCUUAUAGCAGCGAUAAAGGAAGCGUUCGGCGGCGAUGAAACAAGCAAACAUAUUGCUAUGAUGGAGUUUCGUCGACGUGCGCGCAAGCCUGGAGAGGACAUUCAAGUUUUCGCGUAUGGGUUGGAAACAUUGCUCAGCCGAGCGAUCCCUAAUAUCGGGAAUGACGAGAGAGAUACGCUUUUAAAACAACAAUUUAUUGAAGGAUCGUCUCCUGCGCUAAAACGGGAGCUAUUGCAAAGGCCGAGCCUGAAAUACGAGGAGACCGUCAAGAUUGCACAACAAUUAGAUUUGACACCCGAGCUGUCAAGUCCAAAUACUGAUCAUGAUGUGAACCUGACGAGAGUUCAGAGAGAGAACGUAUCUAGCAGCGAGUCAACAGUGGUGCGCCAGUUAAAGGAAAGCGUUGAGGUCCUCACCGAAAAGGUUAACCAACUUUCCGCAUCGGUAAAUAACAUCAGCGAAGUGGCAGCGAUACGAACGAAGAACCCCCGUCGUGGUAGAGCUUGUUAUAACUGCGGCGGAUUUAACCAUAUCGCGAACGAAUGUCGACAACCCAAGCGAAGAAAUGAUCGUAGAAGAAAUGACCCUGGGCAACGCCGGAACGAGAAUUACUGCUUUGUGUGUGGUGACCUCGGACAUUUUGCCCGUGAUUGUCAAUAUCGGUAUCAAGCCCCACAACAACGACACCAGGGAAACUACCAAGGGCUGACCCGCUAUUAGGCCUGGGGUCAGCCCGUGAAGACAACGCCAUUUCAAUAAACAGUGUCUCGCCGACUGCAGUUUUUAUUAAAGCUACAUUAGGUGGACACCUGCAACGUUGUCUCGUAGAUACGGGAGCAACUGUGUCACUGGUAAACAAGAAUAUUGUCCAAGGACACAUACGGGAAUGUAAAUUGAGGGCACGAGGAGUUGGUGGAGAGAACUUGCACGUGAUUGGCAUGACUGAUAUUCAUGUAAGAGUGAACGGUUUAAAUGUAGUCCACACUUUUGUGGUAGUAAAUAUGCAGAACCAGUGUAUCUUCGGCGCCGAUUUCUUGAAAGCGAACGGAAUGGUUGUUAACAUUGCACAGGAACUUUUGUCAUGGGACUCGGGGGAGACGCGACUGCUUAUUGAAGCAGCUGCGCCAACUAUCAACAAAUUAUCGGUUCUGCUGGAGAAAUAUGCAGACGUGUUUGUAAAUGGACCGGAUGAUCCUUUGGGACGGACUAAUGAUGCUGAACAUUCUAUUGACACUGAGGACAGUCGACCAGUCAAACAACGACCAUACAGAAUACCUGUCCAUUUAAACAAAGUGGUGAAUAAUCAAGUUGAUGAAAUGCUUGCUCGAGGUCUCAUUAGGCCAAGCGACAGCCCGUGGUCCUCUCCAAUUGUAAUGGCCCCCAAGAAGGACGGUGAUUAUCGUUUCUGUGUCGAUUUUCGGCGUUUAAACGCAGUUACCAGGAAGGAUGCGUUUCCAAUGCCGCGAGUAGACGAGAUCCUUGACAAACUCGGUGGAGCACGCUUCUUUAGCACGUUAGAUUUGGCUUCAGGCUACUGGCAGGUUCCUCUAAGAGAAGAAGAUAUUCCUAAAACCGCGUUCACAGUUGGCCCAAAUCAUUACGAGUUUACUGUUAUGCCCUUCGGCUUGACAAACGCCCCAGCCACCUUUCAGCGAAUGAUGACGAAACUUCUCCAUGGGAUGAGCGGCUGUCUGGUAUUUAUCGAUGACAUCAUUAUCUUUGCUGACACCUGGGAGGAACACCAGAAGAUUUUGGAAGAGGUUUUGCAUCGAAUCAAAGCAGUUGGCUUGAAGCUCAAGGGAACGAAAUGUCAGUUCGGACGUGAAUCGGUUCAGUUUUUGGGACAUAUUGUAUCCGCAAGGGGUAUCCAUCCAAACCCAGAGAAAGUCCAAGCC